AUGUCUAAUUCGGCUGCGGUUGCUAACAUGCAAGCCAACACGGAUGUACGACACUUGGCGCCAACUCCGACAGAUACAAUGCCGGAGGAUACCCCCAUAGAUGAGCGUUCAGAGUGUGGCAGCAUGAAACUCAGUGCAUCGGAAUCUCGCUACAUUGGCGGGGACCACUGGGUUGCCAUUUUAGAAGACAUAGCCGAUCUCAAAGAUCAUGUGGAUCGAGAAGAACAAUUACGGCUGGCAGAGCAUCCUGGUCAGAUCGCGGAUGAUCCCGAGGAUAAUAAUGGUGACUCAAGUUCUCCGGAUCGAGAUGGCGCGUUCCUCUUGUAUGGACGUUGCCGCCCGACAACUCGAGAGGAUAUUCUGUCUGCGCUCCCUCCGAGAUACGCAGUCGAUCGCUAUAUCUCCCGCUACUUUAACUACCUGGAUCUCGUCUCAGCCGCCGCUGUCCAUGGACCCUACGAGGCCUUCUGGGCCGACCCCUCAGCCGUCCCGAUCACAUGGGUCGGGUUGCUUUUCAGCAUGAUAUGUCUGGCAUGUCUGGCAUCAAAUCAGCCUGAUAACGCCGACACUGAGAUACUAUCCUUGCAGAUUGAUCUCUACCGCGAAAAGACCGUUCAAUGUUUGAUCAUGGGCGAAUAUACGAAAUCGGGUCCAUAUGUACUGGAAACCGUCAUCAAUUAUAUCUAUGCGGAAUUCGGUGUUUGUAUCGAUGCGAAGAGAGACAUGUGGUACCUCCUCGCUAUGGAAGUCAAUCUUGCGAUGCGCACGGGUUAUCACCGUGAUCCUAGCCACUUUCCCGGAAUCUCACCUUUCCAGGGUGAAAUGCGGCGGCGAGUCUGGGCAACUGUGCUCAUGAGCGAUAUCAUGAUUUCGAACCAAAUGGGGAUGCCGCGGAUGAUCUCGGAUUGGAAGUGUGAUACUGCUGAGCCAAGGAAUUUGAAUGAUGCCGAUUUUGAUGAAGACACCAAGGAACUGCCACCUCCACGACCAGAGACCGAGCUUACAACCGCUCUGGGGAUUAUCGCUCGCAGACGGAUGUUGAAGGCCCUCGGUAUCAUUGCAGAUCUCACAAGCAGGGUCAAGCCUUGCUCAUACGAAGAGGUUAUGCAGGUGGAUCGAAUCCUGCAUGAUGCCGCUGCUAGCAUCCCGGCACCUCUCAAGUGGAAGUCGAUGGCGGCCAGUGUGACUGACUGGCCACAGGUCAUUAUCGCUCGUUUAUUCAUCAGGCACAUGCUCUACAAAGGCCAGAUCAUGCUACACCGGCGAUUCUUGAGCGUGCAGUCUUCAUCCGGCAAGCAGGACGGCUUUGAUUACUCGCGGCAAGCAUGCAUUGAUGCAUCGAUGGGCACUCUUGAGCUUCAGAAUGUGCUUGACGAGGAAACUUGCGCCGGAGGUCAACUGCACGAGAUGCGAUGGCGAGUCACCUCGCUGUGGUCACUUAUCCGAGACCCUCACGACCUGUCGAAGAAACCACCCCUUUCCCGGUUCGAUAUCGACACUUUCUAUCACCCUGUUGGCACACACCACGGGACCACAAACGCGACGAAGUCCUAUUGGCUUGAGGACUCUGAUCGAACAGAUGUCAGCAAAUUUGAUGCUGGAUUCUUCAAUAUUCAGCCAAGCGAAGUAGACGCCAUGGACCCCCAGCAACGCCUACUGAUGGAGGUUGUGUACGAUAGUCUGUGUGCUGCUGGACAGCCCAUGGAAAAGCUGCGGGGAUCCGAUACGGCGGUAUAUGUGGGCAUGAUGUCUGAUGAUUGGAGCACAAUGCUCACCCGAGACUGGGAGACCUUGCCCAGAUACACUGCUACGGGACUGGAGCGCGGUAUCAUGGCCAACCGUCUCUCAUACUUCUUCGGUUGGCAUGGCCCAAGUAUGACGAUCGACACAGCUUGCUCUAGCAGCCUGGUAGCAUUGGACCUGGCGGUGCAGAUGCUCCGAAGUGGAAAGUCAAAGGUGGCUGUAGCCGCAGGGACGAAUUUGAUCCUGAGCCCCGCGAUGUACAUCUCUGAGAGCAAUCUUGGCAUGCUCUCACCCAAUGGCCGUUGUGCCAUGUGGGACUCUGCUGCAGAUGGGUAUGCCCGUGGUGAAGGUGUUGCCGCUGUGAUGGUCAAAACGCUCUCGCAGGCACUCGCGGAUAAUGACCCAAUUGAGUGUAUCAUACGCGAGACUGCGGUCAAUCAGGAUGGUCGCACCCCCGGCCUGACAAUGCCCAGCAACCUUGCCCAAGCCGCCUUGAUUCGCGAAUGCUAUGCUCGAGCUGGGCUGGACCCUGUGCGCAAAUUGCAAGACCGUCCCCAAUUCUUCCACGCCCACGGGUCUCUUGCCGCGCAAAAGGCACCGAAAUUGCGUGUCGGCUCUAUCAAGACGGUGAUCGGCCACACAGAAGGAACCGCAGGAUUGGCCAGUCUUAUUGGUACGUCAAUGGCGCUGCAGCGUAGGGUUAUGCCGCCAAAUCUGCAUUUCCAGAACCCAAGCUCCAAGGUGAUGCCAUUCUUCGACCAUCUGGACAUUCCGACUACUGCCAUUCCAUGGGAAGUGGCUGAUGGUCAGGUCCGCAGGGCCAGUGUAAAUAGUUUUGGUUUCGGGGGUACCAACGCCCAUUGUAUCCUAGAGGAGUAUAUCCCCUCCACAAAGAAGUCUGCCUUCUUACAGACCGACGUCCUUUUCACCCCACUGUUGUUUUCCGCGGCAUCCGAGUCAUCGCUUAAGGAACUGAUCUCGCAACACCUCUCUCUUAUUCGUGCUAACCCAGAGAUCGAUCUGCGGGACCUAGCGUACACGCUACAGCACCGUCGGUCAACUCUCGCCUAUCGCAAGUUUGUUCCCGCGGCCACCGUCCAGCAAGCGAUCGAAGCGCUUGAAAACAUCGACGAUGAUGGCCUCAACACUCGAUAUGCCCACCUAUCUCGACCAGCCAAGAUACUUGGGAUAUUUACCGGCCAGGGCGCCCAAUGGCCACGAAUGGGGGCACGCCUUAUCGAGACAUCCACGUUUGCCAAAUGCCGUAUUGCUGAGCUGGACGAAGCCCUCCAAACCCUUCCAAAUCUAGCAGAUCGUCCGACUUGGAACAUUCAUGAUCAGCUACUCGCGGGAAAGGAUACCUCGCGCAUAACCGAGGCCGCCUUAUCUCAGCCACUAUGUUCGGCGGUGCAGAUCGUCCUAGUGGACAUCUUACGAGCCGCAGGCAUCACUUUCACGGCGGUUGUUGGCCAUUCCUCGGGUGAGAUUGGUGCCGCCUAUGCUGCAGGGCUUAUCUCAGAACGCGAUGCUAUUCGAAUUGCCUACUUCCGUGGGGUCCAUGCGAAGCUAGCGGCGAGCCCCAGUCCCCACAGUCCACGUGGUGCUAUGAUAGCCGUUGGUACCUCACCAGACGAGGCAGAGGCAUUCUGCACCGAGCAUUAUCUGGGCCGGCUGCAAGUUGCAGCAGUGAACUCCAGCUCCAGUGUGACACUGAGUGGCGAUGAAGACGCUGUUGACGAGGCAGAACAACUCUACAAGCCCAUGGGUGUAUUUGCGCGAAAGCUCAAGGUCGAUACAGCAUACCACAGUAUGCACAUGGCGACCUGUGCAGAACCAUACCUCACCUCCCUGGAUGGCUGUGAGAUUCGGGCCAUUCAGCCACCAGCGAACGUCACGACGACAUGGUAUUCGAGUGUGUUCGAGGGCCAGCCUAUGACAUCAGAUCGACUGACGAAUCAGUACUGGGUGGACAAUAUGUGCAAUGCAGUAUUGUUUUCUGGUGGGCUCGAACGUGCUGUGGGAGACAGUGGCCCUUUCGAUCUCGCCAUUGAGGUGGGACCGCAUCCAGCUCUGAAAGGCCCAGCCAUUGCCACAGUCGACGCAGAGAGCAACUUGCCUUAUACCGGCUUGCUUUCUCGAGGUCAAGAUGAUGUUUAUCACCUCAGUGAUGCACUGGGCUUUAUAUGGGCUCAUAUGGGCUCUGACAGCGUGCAAUUUACUGCUGUGGAACAGUUGCUAUCGGGGAAAACGGAGGCCAACACUGUCCUGAAAGACCUACCCCCUUAUCCUUUCGAGCACCAGCGGGAUUACUGGCAUAACAGCCGGCUAGGAAAUCAAUUCAAGAGCCGAAAAGCUCAUCAGCUUCCCAACGCAGUGCUCGGCACACCCUGCUUUGAAGCGACUACCCCGGGAGAGUACCAGUGGCGCAACAUGCUUCAACCCGGUGAGGUGCCCUGGCUCAAUGGUCACGGCCUCCAAGGCCAGACUGUGUUCCCAGCUAUGGGAUAUGCUAGCAUGGCCGUAGAAGCCAUCAACGCUGUUAUCUUGGACUCUAAGCCGGAUUCAACAAUACGGGUGUUGAAACUAAGAGACCUGGAUAUUCCUCGCGCGAUUGUCUUCAAUGACGAUUCAUCAACAGUUGAGAUGAUUUUCAGUAUGUCCUCAGUCAAUUCAUCCGAUACUCAGGUGGCUGCCGAGUGGACGUGCUACUCUGUGGAGGGAUCUGGGAGCGUGGUUCUCAAUGCGAGAGGCCUCGUCAGCGCACAGUUGGCCAAGCCUGAGCCUAGCACCCUCCCUCUCGUGAAUGAAGAUUCAUUCAAUCUGGUUCCUGUUGGGGUGGAUCACUUCUACUCGAAUCUAUCCCGCGUGGGCUACAACUACUCGCCACCGUUUCAGGGAGUCCAUAACAUCCGUCGCAAGCCAGGGUACAGCACUGGUAAUCUAUACGAUCAGUCCGAAUUGGCAUGGGAAGAUCGUCUCAUUCUUCACCCCGGUAUGCUUGACUCGGCCUUACAAACGGUUUUUGCGGCCUGGUCGUACCCGGGCGAUACGCAACUGUGGUCGCUGCAUGUGCCUGUGUCAAUCGCCGCCAUUACGGUUAACCCGUACUUCACCACUCUAAGCGCAGGAGACAAGCAGAAUAUGAUGCGCUUUGAAACGUUCAUCCGUUCUAAGCAAGAUUCCAAGGUUGUAUCUGAUAUUUACCUGCAAACCGCCGAUGGUUUGAACACGUUCGUGCAGUUUGAAGGGGCCACUCUCGUGCCUUUCUCCCCUGCAAAUCCCAAGACCGACAUACCCAUGUUCUCACGCUUUGAGUACGCAUCGGCCUUCCCUGACGGCCAGCUGGCGGGGAAUGGGGAGACACUGUCAAACUAUGAAGUGCAACUAUACAAAGAUGUCGACCGUGUUGCGUACUGGUUUGCACGAAAUGCCUCGCUCUCAAUCCCGCCCGCGGAGCGGGGGGAUCUCCUGCCCCACUUCCAAAAGUACCUUGCCUGGUGUGACCGAAUGGUCGAUAUGGUCACCCAUGGUGGGGUUACCAAAGUCCCUGCGUCAUGCAAUACUGACUCGAGGGAAGACAUCGGCCAUAUUCUGGAGCGCUACGAGAACCGCAAGGAUGUCCGCUUCGUGCAGGUCGUUGGCGACAACUUGCUUUCUGUUAUCAAGGCAGGAUCUUCCAUGCUGGAGCAUAUGAAUCAAGACGGUCUUCUUCGUGCGUUUUACGAAGAGGGCGCCAUUUGCUCUGGUCCGACUGGCCGCUGGCUCGCUCGCAUCCUCCGUCAAAUCUCGCACCGUUACCCCGGGUUAAACAUCUUCGAAGUCGGUGCCGGUACUGGGGCCACGACCUCCGCUGUGUUAGACACACUCGAAAGACGCUACGCCUCGUAUACUUUCACCGACAUUUCCAGUGGCUUCUUUAUUGCAGCCGAAGAGCGAUUCUCGGAGCAUGCCGGUCGUAUGCUCUUCAAGACUUUCAACAUGGAACAACAGCCAGAUGGCCAGGGUUUUGAUGAAGGCACUUAUGACGUUGUCGUAGCGGUCAAUGUCCUCCAUGUCUCCGCAGAUAUGGAAGCAUCGCUAUCCAAUGUCCGUCGGCUGCUGAAGCCUGGUGGUUUCCUUGUCGUUGCGGAGCUCACUUCAACUGACCUGUUAUUCAGUGGCAUGACAGUAGGCACGCUUCCUGGGUGGUGGAUCGGCGCGGAGACGGGACGUCCAUGGGGACCGUUACUGACCCUCACACAAUGGGAUACUGCGCUAAAGGGCUCCGGAUUCGCGGGAAUUGACACCGUCUCCCCGGAUAUCAGUGCCUCACUGCCAAUGAGUGUCUUUGUUUCGCAAGCAGUCGAUGACCGAGUCACUCUGCUUCGGAACCCUCUAUCCGUGGAGUCACACCCCCCUGGUGUCCGAACCGAUGCCCUGGCCAUCAUUGGAGGAAUAACGUGGCCAGUGUAUGCGCUGGCUCAACAGGUAUCAGAUAUUAUAGCCAAGCGGUUUCACGAGAAGCGGCAUUUCACCACAGUCGAGGAGUUUGCACAAUCCGACAUGGCCCACGUCGCUGCCACAAGCGGGGGUGUUAGUAUUCUCUCUCUUGCGGAUUUGGACCACCCAUACCUGGAAAUCUUGACAGCCGACAAGUUUGAGGCGGUCAAAGCAUGCGCAGCCUGUGCAGGUACUCUGGUCUGGGUAACAAGUGGUGCACAGGAGGAUAGCCCUUACAGCGCAAUGAUGACAGGCAUUGCUCGCACAAUAAAAACUGAAAAUCCGAGUUUGAAUAUCCAGAUGUUUGAUCUGGAUCCUGCUGUGCAGAGAGGUAUCUAUGCCAACACGGCACCUGAGUUAGCUGAAACUCUACUUGGUCAAGUGGCACUGUCCAGCUGGGGAACAGAUUUUUUGCUGUGGACAUUGGAGCCGGAGGUGAUUGUUCGCAACGGAAGACAGCUCAUUCCUCGAUUGCUUCCAGAUAGCGAGAAGAACAAUCGAUAUAACUCCCAGCGGCGAGCUAUUUUCACAAGCGCACGUCCGGCCAAAGAGCCCCUACGGCUGGCAGGAGUGAAUCAUGACGCCCUAGAAUUAUGUCUUGUAUCACCACUGGUGCAAAACCCGGUCCCGACAACUGAUUAUUGCACAAUACGCAUCACGCACUCGCUGCUGCAGAGUGUAGCUAUUAAAGCUGCCGGCUUUUUCCGCCUGUGUGCUGCUGUUGAUAUUGAUAGCAAUGAGACUGUGUUGGCUCUAUCGAACUCCAAUGACUCCGUGGUCAAGGUUCCGAAUCAAUGCUGCAUUCCCUUCAGGGGACCCUCGAUACCAUCGACUCUUGUUUCCCUCGCCGCGAGCCUCAUUGCCACGCAGAUCCUCAACUUUACUCAAGAGGGAGGCACGCUUCUUAUUAAUGAUCCCGACCGUCAUCUUCAAAUGGCCCUUCGGAGCAAGGCACAGCUCAAGAAUGUGAACGCCGUCUUUACGACUUGCGAUCUAAGUCAGCAAGGUUCCUCCUCCAUGUUCCUCCAUCCAAGCUUUCCGCGGCACGCCAUACAGUCUAUUAUUCCACGAUCCACGGCUGUGUUCGUCAACUUCUCCCGUAGCUCUUCGGACACAGUUCGAGAUGCAAUCCUCCCGUGCCUGCCGGCUGGUUGUCUUCGCAUCGACGGGGAAGCACUGUUGAGCAACGAGGUUAACGGCACCGUCGCCCCAGAGUUUAUAAGCCAGGUGGGGCGGCAAUUUCAACAAGCCUAUGGUGAUAUUAAAUCGACUCCAUCCGUGCAGUGCAUUCCCCUCGAUGCUGUGUCUAGCCACAAAGUAGUUGGUGGUCCACUUGCUGUCGUUGACUGGACAGCUAAGGACUGUGUGUCGGCAAGGGUACAACCCAUUGACUCGGGUACUCUUUUCCGCGGUGACAAGACGUAUCUCUUUGUCGGCAUGGCCGGUGAACUCGGUCAAUCUUUGGCCGGGUGGAUGAUCGCACAUGGCGCGCAGUACAUUGUACUGACCAGUCGCACGCCAAAGGUGCAUCCCAAAUUCGUGGACGAAAUGAGGAUCCGAUAUGGAGCCGUGGUAAAAGCCGUCCCGCUGGACAUCACUUCUCCAGAGUCUCUGCGCUCAGUCCACGCUGCUAUGAACGCCUCGUUGCCUCCCAUCGCCGGUGUGAUCAACGGUGCCAUGAUCCUUGAUGAUGAGCUCUUCGCCAACAUGUCCCACGAGCAGUUCACUCGAGUUACAAAGCCCAAGGUCGUCGGUACACUUCUGCUCGACGAACUAUUCUAUGACGACACCUCGCUUGAUUUCUUCGUCGUUGCUUCUAGUAUUGCCUCUGUAAUCGGCUGGAGUGGACAGAGCAAUUACUCCGCCGCAAACGAGUUCAUGACCUCCCUGGUCAAUAAGAGACGCAAGCGUGGCGUCGCAGCAUCUGUGGUGAACAUCCCAGCUGUUGUGGGCGUGGGCUAUGCGGCGCACUCAGACACCUUCAGCUUCGAUUACUUCCAGUCCCUCGGAUAUAUCAACAUUGGGGAGGAAGACCUCUAUAUCCUUUUUGCGGAGGCGAUCCUCUCUGGUCAUCCGGGGCCAUUAUCCGAUGGCAAGGCACAGGUUUCCAUGGGCGUGAACUAUAUCCCCGCUGGGCUCUAUGUGAAAGAGGCACACCGUCGCGAUGUCAAGUUCAACCAUUUUAUUCUGCGGGAAGAAUCCGGCUCCGAAGCACAAACGGUGAAGGCCGGCGAGCGGGUUCGGGUACAGCUACAGAGCGCCAGUGGUCCUGAUGAAGUGUACACCAUCAUUCGCGACGCAUUGGCUAUGUAUUUCGGACGCUUGUUGCGGAUGACUGAGGAUCAGAAGCUAGAUGAGUCGGUGGGCCUAGUCGACCAAGGUGUCGACUCUCUCGUCGCGGUUGAUAUUCGUGCAUGGUUCCUCAAGGAACUCGAUGUGGAUGUUCCCACACUGAAGAUCAUGGGUGGUGCAUCUAUUGCGGACUUAGUCAAAUUUGCUGUUGAGAACAUGCCUCGGUCCUCAGAAGGUAACAGUGUGGAAAGCCCUGUCGGGCCAGUCGGAAAGGAGAGGUCUUCCCCGUUCCCAGCUCAGCGGGAAGAAGUCCUGCUUCGACCUCGUUCGGAGAGGGCACCGACCACCUCCACGCCUCUUUCGUCGGGGAGCCCGAUCUUCACGCCUGCUCAGGUCACCACUCCAUCGACCUCUGAAAUCGACUCGGGCCGCACAUCUCCGCCGCGGGAUUAUUUCGACAAGGCUCCCACCGUAUCGGAGAAACCAGUGGUCAUUGAUGGGCUGGGGUCGGAAGUUUAG